AUGACAAGCCCAAGAGACAUCGCACGAGGCGCCCACGCCCACAGUUCGCAACUCAAGCCCUUCAACACCGAAGAUAUUAAGAUCCUGCUCUUGGAGAACGUCAACCAGACUGGCCGGGACAUCUUGACGGCGCAGGGCUAUCAGGUCGAGUUUUUGAAGACUUCGCUGCCGGAGGAUCAGCUCAUUGAGAAGAUUAGGGACGUACAUGUCAUUGGCAUCCGCUCCAAGACAAAACUUACCGCGAAGGUGCUGCAAGAGGCCAAGAAUCUGCUGGUGAUCGGCUGCUUCUGCAUUGGUACCAACCAAGUGGACCUGGACUACGCGGCCAAGCAUGGUAUCGCCGUCUUCAACUCGCCGUUCGCCAACUCGCGCAGUGUCGCUGAGUUGGUGAUUGCCGAGAUUAUCACGUUGGCCCGGCAAUUGGGCGAUCGCUCCCUCGAAAUGCACCGCGGCACCUGGAACAAGGUGAGCGCCAAGUGCUGGGAGAUCCGCGGCAAGACGCUCGGCAUUGUCGGGUACGGCCACAUCGGCUCGCAGCUAUCGGUCCUCGCUGAGGCUAUGGGCAUGUCGGUCAUCUACUACGACGUCGUGACCCUAAUGGCCAUCGGUUCGGCGCGUCAGGUGCCCACGUUGGAGAAACUCCUGGAGGAGGCCGACUUUGUCACACUGCAUGUGCCUGAGACGCCAGAGACCAAGAACCUCAUCUCGGUCAAGCAAUUUGAGCACAUGAAGGAGGGCUCGUACCUCAUCAAUGCCAGCCGCGGUACCGUCGUCGACAUCCCCGCCCUCAUCAAGGCGAUGCGUGCCGGCAAGGUCGCCGGCGCGGCCCUGGACGUGUACCCCAACGAACCGGCCGCGAACGGCGACUACUUCGUGAACGACCUCAACACCUGGGCCGAGGACCUGCGCGGCCUGAGCAACCUCAUCCUCACCCCGCACAUCGGUGGUAGCACGGAGGAAGCACAACGCGCGAUCGGCGUCGAAGUGGCCGACUCGUUGGUGCGGUACAUCAACCAGGGCAUCACGGUGGCCAGCGUCAACCUGCCGGAGGUGACGAUGCGUUCGCUAACGCUGGACGAGGAGAACACGGCGCGUGUUAUUUACAUCCAUCGCAACGUGCCCGGUGUGCUGCGCAUGGUUAACGAUAUCUUGCGCGAGCACAACGUCGACAAGCAAAUCUCGGAUUCUAAGGGCGAUAUUGCCUACCUCAUGGCGGACAUUAGUGAUGUCAAGACCGAGGAGAUCAAGCAGCUUCGUGACAGCCUCGAUUCGCUCAAAUCGCGGAUUUUGACGCGUAGCUAUGAUGUCGGCACGAGAGCGUGGCAGCCCGACGCGACGGACGGCUGGGUCGCGUCUGAGGUUAUUAAGAAGACGAUAGACGGGUCAAAAGUCACACUCGAGUUCCAGUUGGAAGAUGGCGAGUUGGAGGUCUCUCUGGAGGCGCUCCAGUCGGGGAACGACCCGUCGCUGCCACCAUUAAUGAACCCGACCAUGCUCGAGGCCAGCGAUGAUUUGACGAACCUCUCGCAUCUCAACGAACCUGCCGUCUUGCAAGCCAUCCGUCUCAGAUACCUUCAGAAGGAAAUCUACACAUACUCGGGUAUUGUGUUGAUCGCCACCAACCCUUUCGCACGAGUCGAUUCUCUCUAUGUCCCCGGCAUGGUCCAGGUCUAUGCCGGGAGGCAGAGGGCUACCCAAGCACCCCAUCUUUUUGCCAUUGCUGAGGAGGCUUUUAUGGACAUGUUGCGAGAUGGGAAGAACCAGACCGUUGUUGUCUCCGGUGAAUCCGGUGCCGGCAAGACUGUUAGCGCCAAGUACAUUAUGAGAUACUUUGCGACAAGAGAGUCCCCCGACACCCCCGGCUCGCGGGUGAAAAAGGGCCCCGAGGCCAUGAGCAAGACGGAAGAGGCCAUUCUUGCGACAAACCCGAUCAUGGAAGCCUUCGGUAACGCCAAGACCACGAGAAACGACAACUCGUCACGGUUCGGUAAAUACAUCGAAAUCAUGUUCGACAAGGGGACCAACAUCAUUGGUGCCAAAAUCAGGACGUAUCUGCUGGAGCGGUCAAGACUGGUUUUCCAGCCUCUUAAGGAGAGGAAUUACCACAUCUUCUACCAGCUUGUGGCCGGUGUGACGGAGAAGGAACGCCAGGAGCUCGGUUUGCUCCCGAUUGAACAGUUUGAGUACCUCAACCAGGGCAACACCCCAACCAUUGACGGUGUCGACGACAAGGCCGAGUUUCUUGCCACCAAACAGUCGCUCAAGACGAUUGGUGUCAGUGACGCGGACCAGGCCUCGAUCUUCAAGUUGCUUGCGGGUCUUUUGCAUUUGGGUAACGUCAAGAUCGGCGCGACGAGGAACGACAGCGUACUCGCGCCCACUGAGCCGGCGCUUGUCAAGGCUUGUGAUAUUCUUGGAAUUGAUGCUGCUGAAUUCGCCAAGUGGGUUGUUAAGAAGCAACUCGUGACGCGUGGAGAAAAGAUCACAUCCAACCUCACUCAAGCACAGGCCAUUGUUGUUCGGGAUUCAGUUGCCAAGUUCAUCUAUUCGAGCCUCUUCGACUGGCUGGUGGAAAUUAUCAACCGGAGUCUGGCCACGGAUGAGGUGCUCAGCAGGGUCAACUCCUUCAUCGGUGUGCUUGAUAUCUACGGCUUCGAGCAUUUCGCCAAGAACUCGUUCGAACAAUUCUGCAUCAACUAUGCCAACGAGAAGCUACAACAAGAAUUCAACCAGCACGUCUUCAAGCUCGAGCAGGAAGAGUACCUGAAGGAGCAAAUCGACUGGACCUUUAUCGAUUUUGCCGACAACCAGCCUUGUAUCGACUUGAUCGAGGGCAAGCUCGGUAUUCUUUCCCUGCUAGAUGAAGAGUCCCGGUUGCCCAUGGGUUCCGACGAGCAGUUUGUGAACAAGCUGCAUCACAACUAUGCGGCCGACAAGCACAAGUUCUACAAGAAGCCCAGGUUCGGAAAGUCGACCUUCACCGUGUGUCACUACGCCGUCGACGUCACGUACGAAUCGGAGGGUUUCAUCGAAAAGAACCGUGACACCGUUCCGGACGAGCACAUGGCUGUUCUGCGCGCCUCGACGAACAAGUUCCUCGGUGCUGUGCUCGACGCGGCCUCUGCGGUGCGGGAGAAGGACGUUGCCUCGGCAAGCUCUAAUGCAGUGAAGCCGGUAGCGGGCAGGAGGAUCGGUGUCGCUGUUAACCGCAAGCCGACACUGGGUGGUAUCUUCAAGUCGUCGCUGAUCGAGCUCAUGCACACCAUCAACAACACCGAUGUGCAUUACAUCCGCUGUAUCAAGCCGAACGAGGCCAAGGAGGCGUGGAAAUUCGAGGGCCCUAUGGUGCUGAGCCAACUCCGUGCCUGUGGUGUGCUGGAAACAGUGCGCAUAAGCUGCGCAGGUUAUCCUACUAGGUGGACCUACGAGGAGUUCGCGCUGCGGUACUAUAUGUUGGUACCAUCGUCCGAAUGGACGUCGGAGAUCCGGGACAUGGCCAAUGCCAUCUUGACUAAGGCUCUGGGCACUAGCACUGUUAAGGGCAUGGACAAGUACCAGUUGGGUCUCACCAAGAUUUUCUUCCGUGCCGGUAUGCUGGCUUUCCUCGAGAACCUCCGUACCAGCCGGUUGAACGACUGCGCCAUCAUGAUUCAGAAGAACCUCAAGGCCAAGUACUACCGCAAGAAGUACUUGGAUGCCCGGGCCUCUAUCAUCGCCUUCCAAGCGACAACGAGGGGCUUCAAGGCGCGUGCGUCGGCGCAGGAGAUGCGGACUGUCAAGGCCGCCACGACGAUCCAGAGAGUGUGGCGCGGUCAGAAGCAGAGGAAGCAGUUCCUCCGCAUCAGAAACGAUGUUAUUCGUGCCCAGGCUGCCUUCAAGGGCUACCUGCGCCGCAAGGAGAUCAUGGAAACCCGCAUGGGCAAUGCUGCUCUCAUCAUCCAACGCAGCUGGCGGUCCAGGAGACAGCUCCGGUCUUGGAGGGACUACCGCAGGAAGGUGGUCAUUGUCCAGAGCUUGUGGCGUGGGCGGUCUGCUCGCAAGGAAUACAAGGUCAUCCGCGCCGAGGCUCGCGAUCUCAAACAGAUUUCCUACAAGCUGGAGAACAAGGUGGUCGAACUGACGCAGUCUCUGGGCACCAUGAAGGCACAGAAUAAGGAGCUCAAGACGCAGGUGGAGAACUACGAAGGCCAGGUCACCAUCUGGAGAAACCGUCAUAACGCUUUGGAAGCGCGGACCAAGGAGCUGCAGACUGAGGCCAACCAGGCCGGUAUCGCUGCGGCUCGUCUCGAGGCGAUGGAGGCCGAGAUGAAGAAGCUGCAGGUGAGCUUCGAGGAGUCGGUAGCGAGCGUCAAGCGGAUGCAAGACGAGGAGCGGCAACUGCGCGAGUCUCUGCGGGCAACAGGCUCCGAGCUGGACGUGGCCCGCGAGGAGGGCCAGCGGCAAGAGGCCGAGAAGAACUCCCUGCGGCAACAAUUGGCCGAGCUUCAGGAGGCGCUCGAGCAGGCCCGGCGGAAUGUGCCCAUCAACGGCGAGGUCCUCAAUGGCAACGUUCCGCCCCCGGCUGCUCCCACCGGUCUUAUCAAUUUGGUGUCUGCUAAGAAGCCCAAGAGGCGGAGCGCUGGUCCCGAGGUCCGUGAGAUGGAUAGGUACAGCACGACCUACAACCCACGCCCAGUUUCCAUGGCUGUGCCGGGCAUGAACCGCCAAACCACCUUCAUCGAGCUAGAACUCGAGUCCCUACUAGCUGACGAGGAGGGUCUCAACGAGGAGGUUACGCUAGGUCUCAUCCGCAACCUCAAGAUCCCGUCCCCAUCGGGCAACCAGCCGCCGUCCGACAAAGAGGUCCUCUUCCCCUCAUUCCUCAUCAACCUGGUCACAUCCGAGAUGUGGAACAACGGGUUUGUCAAGGAGUCGGAGCGCUUCCUCGCCAACGUCAUGCAGUCCAUCCAACAGGAGGUCAUGCAACACGACGGCGACGACGCCAUCAACCCCGGUGCUUUCUGGCUUUCGAACGUGCACGAGAUGCUCUCCUUCGUGUUCCUGGCUGAGGACUGGUACGAGGCGCAAAAGUCGGACAACUACGAGUAUGACCGCCUUCUCGAGAUCGUCAAGCACGAUCUGGAGAGCCUUGAGUUCAAUAUCUACCACACCUGGAUGAAGGUGCUCAAGCGCAAGCUCCAAAAGAUGGUCAUUCCCGCCAUCAUCGAGUCGCAGUCGCUGCCCGGUUUCGUGACCAACGAGAACAACCGGUUCUUGGGCAAGCUGCUGCAGGGCAACAACCAGCCGGCGUACAGCAUGGACAACCUGCUGUCGUUCCUCAACAGUGUCUUCCGCGCCAUGAAGGGCUUCUACAUUGAGAACUCGAUCAUCAUGCAGACCACAACCGAGCUGCUUAAGCUGGUUGGCGUUACGGCCUUCAACGACCUGCUUAUGCGCCGUAACUUCCUCUCAUGGAAGCGCGGUCUGCAGAUUAACUACAACAUCACUCGCACGCUGCAGCUUGAACAUCUGAUGCAAGCGACGAAGCUCCUUCAGCUCAAGAAGGCCACCCUGAACGACAUUGAAAUCAUCCAGGAUAUCUGCUGGAUGCUCUCUCCCAACCAGAUUCAAAAGCUCCUGAACCAAUAUCUCGUGGCCGACUACGAGCAGCCCAUCAACGGCGAGAUUAUGAAAGCGGUCGCGUCGCGCGUGACUGAAAAGAGUGAUGUCCUUCUCCUCCCAGCUGUUGAUAUGGACGACAGCGGGCCGUACGAGAUCGCCGAGCCCAGAGUCAUCACCGCUUUGGAGACCUACACUCCAUCAUGGCUCCAAACCCCACGCCUCAAGCGCCUCGCAGAGAUCGUCUCGCAGCAAGCCAUCGCCCAGCAAGAAAAGCUCGACUACGGCUCGCAAGACGGUGAGGAAGACGAUGAGGAUGAGGAAGGUGAACUCCUCGCUGAGCGCACGGGGCUCAAGCACAUUUCAGUCAACGAUGUGGUCAAGGACAAAGAGUGCCAUGAGGGUUGGGAUGAUGAGUACCAAAGUUGGAUUGUAGAUGAGGACAAGCUGCUCGACGCCAUCGAGGACCAGGUCAAGGAGGGUGGGUGCAUAAUAGACUGGCACGCAUGCGACCUGUUCCCAAAAAGCUGGAUCGAUCUUGUGGUGGUGCUUCGAGUCGACACGACGACACUGUACGACCGGCUGACGGCGAGGAAAUACCCCGAUGUUAAACUACAGGAGAACAUCGACUCAGAGAUCAUGGAGGUCCUGCUACAGGAGGCUAAGGAGUCGUAUGACGAGGAGAUUGUGGUGGAGCUGCAGAGCGUAGAGGCGGAUGAGAUGGAGAGCAAUGUGGAAAGGAUUGAGCAGUGGUUGGAGCAGUGGAAGAAGAACAACAAACCAUGA